CUUUUCGGCAGAUAUUUUUAGAGAGUCGUUCGUGUACGUUUCGUGAGUGAACAUCGCCCACGGAUAUCUUAAACCUGCGAUCAAUUUUCUUUCAAUUUUUCAAAGGAAGAAAGGAGUCUUUUUGGUUUAUCCAAAAUGGUCUCCCUUAAUCCUGUGAGGAUUUUGAAAAAUGAGGCUGAAGAGGAGAAGGCGGAAAUCGCGAGGUUGAGUCUUACGGUUGGGGCAUUUGCCAUUGGAGAUCUUGUCAAGUCUACUCUGGGCCCCAAGGGUAUGGAUAAAAUCCUGGUGUCUUCUGGUCGCUCGGCUGGUGAAGUACAGGUCACCAAUGACGGUGCUACCAUUCUGAAGAGUGUUGGUGUUGACAAUCCAGCCGCCAAGAUCUUGGUUGACAUGUCACGCGUACAGGAUGAUGAAGUUGGAGAUGGUACAACAUCAGUCACAGUUCUAGCUUCUGAAAUCCUGAAAGAAUCAGAGAAGUUGAUCGACCAGAAAAUCCAUCCACAAACCAUCAUCGCUGGAUACAGGAUUGCCACAGCAGUUGCUCGCGAAGCCCUUAACAACGUUACUGCUGACAACUCAGCUGAUCCUGAACGUUUCCAUGAAGAUUUAUUGAACAUUGCUCGUACCACCUUGAGCUCUAAAAUCUUGUCACAACACAAAGAGCAUUUCAGCAAAUUGGCUGUAGAUGCUGUAUUGCGUCUCAAAGGCUCUGGAAACUUGUCAGCCAUUCAAAUCAUCAAGAAAAGGGGUGGCACUCUGGCAGAUUCAUUCUUGGACGAAGGUUUUCUUUUGGAUAAGAAACCAGGCAUGCAUCAACCCCAGAAGAUUACUGAUGCCAAGAUUCUUAUUGCCAACACAUCCAUGGAUACUGAUAAAAUCAAAGUUUUCGGUUCAAGAGUACGUGUAGACUCGAUGGCCAAGAUCGCUGAACUGGAAGUAGCAGAAAAAGAAAAGAUGAAGGACAAAGUAGACAAGAUUGUCAAACACGGUUGCAAUGUCUUCAUCAACAGACAAUUGAUUUACAAUUAUCCAGAACAAUUAUUCGCCGAUGCUGGUGUCAUGGCAAUCGAACAUGCUGACUUUGAUGGAAUUGAAAGAUUGGCCCUUGUUACUGGUGGAGAAAUUGUCAGUACAUUCGAUAAUCCAGAUUUAGUAAAAUUGGGAAGAUGUGAUUGUAUUGAACAGGUUAUGAUUGGUGAAGAUACAAUUAUGCGUUUUUCGGGAGUUCCACUUGGUGAAGCUUGUACCAUCAUCAUCCGUGGUGCCACUCAGCAAAUUCUUGACGAGGCAGAGCGAUCUUUGCACGAUGCCUUGUGCGUAUUAACAUCUACAGUCCGCGAAUCUAAGAUUGUAUAUGGAGGAGGAUGCAGUGAAAUGGUGAUGGCUUGUGCCGUCAUGAAGGCUGCUGCCGCUACCCCAGGAAAAGAAGCUGUUGCAAUGGAAGCUUUUGCCAAGGCUCUUCAAACAUUACCAACUGUCAUUGCUGAUAACGGUGGUUACGAUUCAGCUCAGCUCGUCAGUGAACUCAGAGCUGCUCAUAAUUCUGGAAAUUGCACUUAUGGUCUUGAUAUGGACAAAGGAGAGGUUGCCUGCAUGAAAACUUUGGGAAUUACUGAAUCCUGGGUAGUCAAACGACAAGUACUACUCAGUGCAGCUGAAGCUGCUGAAAUGAUUCUCAGAGUUGACAACAUCUUGAAAGCAGCGCCCAGGAAGCGAGUACCUGAUCACGGCCGUUGUUAAAUCGUUUUUUAACAGAUAUAUUCAUGUAAUCAUUGCAUUGCCUCACAUUGCAUUUAUUUUUUGAAUAAAAAUAGUGGAGUGGUUCAUAUUCUUAUUACCCCGCGUGAUGCACUUGAAGAAAUAAGAACAAAUAAACUAUCCACUGUUAAAAAUGGUAUUUUGUCUGUGACAAUUAAAAACGAGUGACAGAACCAAGCUAUUUUAAUUGUUAUUAUCGAAAUGUGGAACUACUGCUGAGCAUAAUAACGUACUUUUAUAUUAAAGUUAACUAAACUUAUUAAAAAACAAAAUAAAUUUAGCAUAAUUUUCAUGCUGAAGUAAAUAAAUGACAAAAAAAUUA